AUGGGGGCUCUGCAGCUGGCUCAGGACGGGGACCGGCUGCUAUACUGGGGGGCCGGAGUUGUCAGUCUGCUCUUCGCGCUGCUGGCAGCCUUCACGUUCCGCCUGCUGCUGGAUUACCUGGGGAAGUGGAAGGCACUGAAGUCGAUUCCAGGGGUCAGCCCCUGUUACCCUCUGCUGGGAAAUACUGUGUUCUUGGUGCGCAAAGGGGAAGAUUUCUUUAAUCAAAUAGUACACAUCUUCAAAGAAUACAGGAAUCUACCCCUGCUAAAACUUUGGAUAGGACCAUUGCCUUUUGUGAUUUUAUAUCAUCCAGAUGCUGUGGAGGUUGUUCUAAACAGUUCAAAGCACAUAGAAAAAUCUUUUCCGUACAAAUUUCUACAUCCAUGGCUUGGCACAGGACUUCUAACAAGCACUGGAGAUAAGUGGCAUUCCAGAAGGAAAAUGAUAACUCCCACGUUCCACUUCACAAUCUUAGCUAAUUUUCUAGAAGUUAUGAACGAACAAGCCAAUAUUUUGGUUGAUAAACUUGAAAAGCACGUUGACAAAGAGCCCUUUGAUUGCUUUCUAGACAUCACUCUCUGUGCACUGGAUAUAAUCUGUGAAACUGCGAUGGGCAAGAAUGUCGGUGCACAGAACAAUAGGGAUUCUGAAUAUGUCCGUGCUAUUUAUAGGAUGAGUGACCUCAUUCACCAUAGACAGAAGUCUCCUUGGCUUUGGUCUAACUUGAUGUACCCUAUGUUCCAAGAAGGAAGGGAACAAACUAGAAACCUCAAGAUCCUUCACAGUUUUACUGACAAUGUAACCCGUUAUUCCUUUUUCUACUGUGUUCCCAUCAAUAAGGAGAAUAAUUUAGUAAAUAUAGAGAUUCCAAAUUGUGAAAGUGGUGACAGAGAAUCAGCCAUUGGGAACAUCACCUUAUCUGUGGUUAUUGCAGAAAAAGCCCAUGAAAUAGAGAAUGACACACAACAGAAAGAUGACUUCGAUGACAACUGCGAACAAAGUGCGCCCAAAAGGAGAAGGGCUUUUCUUGAUAUGCUUCUCAGUACAACUGAUGAUGAAGGGAACAAACUGAGCUACAUGGAUAUUCGAGAGGAAGUGGAUACUUUCAUGUUUGAGGGGCAUGAUACAACAGCUGCUGCUAUGAACUGGGCCAUCUACUUACUUGGAUGCCAUCCUGAAGCCCAGAAGAAAGUUCACAGAGAAUUGGAUGAAGUGUUUGAUUUCUUUAAGCAAAUGAUGCAAUACUAUGAAGAUUUCAGGAAUCAACCACUGUUAAAACUUUGGUUAGGACCAUUGCCUUUUCUGUUUUUAUAUCACCCAGAUACUGUCGAGGUUAUUCUAAGCAGUUUGAAACACAUAGAAAAAUCCUAUCUAUACAAAUUUCUGCAUCCAUGGCUUGGCACAGGACUUCUAACAAGCACUGGAGAUAAGUGGCGUUCCAGAAGGAAAAUGAUAACACCCACAUUCCAUUUCACAAUCUUAGCUGAUUUUCUAGAAGUUAUAAAUGAACAAGCCAAUAUUUUGGUUGAUAAACUUGAAAAGCACGUUGACAAAGAGCCCUUUGAUUGCUUUCUAGACAUCACUCUCUGUGCCCUGGAUAUAAUCUGUGAAACUGCGAUGGGCAAGAAUGUGGGUGCACAGAACAAUGGGGAUUCUGAAUAUGUCCGUGCUGUUUAUAAGAUGAGUGAUGUCCUUCAUCAGAGACAGAGGUGUCCUUGGCUUUGGCCUGACUUUAUGUACUAUAUGUUCCAAGAAGGAAGGGAACAUAAUAGAAGUCUCAAGAUUCUUCACAGUUUUACUGACAAUGUUAUUGCAGAAAAAUCCUAUGAAAUAAAGAUACACAAACAACAUAAAAUUGACUUUGAAGGCAAAUGUGAACAAACUGGGUCCAAAAAGAGAAGAGCUUUUCUUGAUAUGCUUCUGAAUGCAACUGAUGACAAAGGAAACAGACUGAGCUACAUGGAUAUUCAAGAGGAAGUGGAUACUUUCAUGUUUGAGGGGCAUGAUACAACAGCUGCUGCUAUGAACUGGGCCAUCUACUUACUUGGAUGUCAUCCGGAAGCCCAAAAGAAAGUUCACAGAGAAUUGGAUGAAGUGUUUGGGAACUCUGACCAGCCUGUCACAAUGGAUGACUUGAAGAAGCUCCGAUAUCUUGAGUGUGUUGUUAAAGAAGCCCUUCGUCUCUUCCCUUCUGUUCCAUCCUUUGCCCGGACCACAAGUGAAGAUUGCCAUAUUAAAGGAUUUAAGAUACCAAAAGGUACACAGGUAGUCGUUGUUACUUAUGCACUGCACAGAGAUCCAGAGGUUUUCCCAGACCCGGAGGAAUUCAGGCCUGAGCGAUUCUUCCCUGAGAAUUCUAGUGGAAGGCAUCCAUAUGCAUAUGUGCCCUUCUCUGCUGGAUCCAGAAACUGCAUUGGCCAACGCUUUGCACAGAUGGAAGAGAAAGCUGUUCUAGCCAUCAUCCUACGGCGCUUUUGGGUGGAGACAAGUCAAAAGAGAGAAGAACUUGGUUUGGUCUCAGAACUAAUUCUUCGCCCAAAUAAGGGCAUAUGGAUCCAGCUGAAGAGGAGAAGAGAGUGUGUGUCAGAAGAAGAAAGCUCACAAUGA